AAAAAAAAAAAAACAAGAAGGAGAAAGGUAAAAAAAAAUUAAAUAAUAAGUGCUCGCUGGCAAAAAAUAGCGAGUGCAUGACCCAGAGAAGACAAAUUACACACAGACUCUUAUACACAUGCUUACACACCCCCUUUUUUCUAGAUCAAGCAGCUGUCAUGGGUACAGCCUUGGGGGAAUAGCACUACAAACAAUUCAUAUCUAAUAAGGGACAGAAAGACACUGAGACGGCACAGAGAGAACAUCACAGACACCAGACUGGACCAGGACGAAGGAGAAGGUCCUCAGGAACAGGAAACCAGGGGAACAAAUGUCCCCAUAAACCUCCGUCUGUCCAUGUCCAGCUCAUCUCUAUGUCUGAAAAAUACAGGUCCGUGUAACUGACUGAUUUUAUUCUGUAAAGGGAUCUGAAUCGGGCCGAGGUUCAACAUGGAGUCAUUCCUCGCUGUGUUUGCAAUUCUGCUACUAGCUGUCUCGGUGGACUCUCAGGAAAUGUCAUACGAACACAUUCUGUCCCAACUUCAUGCAUGCCCCAAAGAGUGUUACUGUCCUCCCAGUUUCCCCAAUGCAGUCUACUGCAACAACAGAGGGCUGAAAAGAAUCCCCAAGAUCCCCCCUUUCACCAGCUAUCUGUACCUACAGAACAACCUCAUCGAUAUACUUUCAGCAGAUGCCUUCCGUAACACCACACAGCUGAAGUGGAUCAACCUUAAUCAGAACAAGAUCUCAAACGAGGGUGUGGAGGAGAACGCCCUUAAAGCCAUGUCCAAUCUUCUGCAUCUCUACAUGGAGGAAAACCUGCUGACCUCCAUUCCUUCCCCUCUUCCACCAAAUCUGGAGCAGCUACAUCUCUCCAGAAACCAGAUCUCUAAAAUCCCACCAGGUGUCUUUUCUGGGAAGAAACAUCUCAUGUUACUGAACCUACAGGGUAACAAACUACAGGAUGACGCAGUUACUCAGGACAACUUUAAAGACCUCAGUGGUUUGGUUCAGAUCAACUUUGCAAAGAACCAGCUGAACAGCAUGCCUAAAGGUCUUCCCCCCUCCACUAUACAACUCUACUUGGAUGGCAAUAAUAUUCAGAAGAUCCCUGCAGAAUAUUUCAACGGACUCCCCAAGUUGGCCUUCUUAAGGCUUAAUCACAACAAACUAGUCAACGGAGGGAUCCCAAAGAACGUGUUCAACCUCUCCAGCAUCCUGGACUUACAGCUUUCUUACAACCAGCUUACAGAGGUACCACUAAUUUCUGCUGGCCUGGAGCAUCUACACCUGGACCACAAUAAAAUUAAGAGUGUGAACACCUCUGACAUCUGCCCCGUCUUUGCUGACUACUUUGAUGAAAGAGUCCCUCAACUUCGCUACCUCCGUCUCGAUGGGAACGAAAUCGUGCCCCCCAUUCCCAGAGAUCUGAUUAUCUGCUUCCGUCGUCUCAGUGCUGUAGUCAUAUAAAUGUAGGGCUAGACGCCAAUUUAUGGUGGAUUGACAAGAAAUUCUAUUGUAAAACAGUGCAGAAUUAUAUUCUAUCCUGAUCUUUGAUACAUAGACAGACAGAAGAGGUUUAGACAUGAUUUUCUUUCUUCUGAAGUGACUUCACUGUGAUAUUCUUUACUUGUUCUAGAUCUCAGCUGAGCAAAUAUGGGGAACUGCAUUGUCAGGAACGUUGUUGGUCUACAUCUGUGUCUGAGGAUAAUGAACUGGAUAUUUAUUUCCUCGGGACAACAAAUGUCAUUUGAUUUCUAGGUAGUAUGUCUUUCCCCCAAUAUAAUGAGACUGUAUUACACAGUGGUUUAUUUUUAUGUUUUAUUAUAUAGUAGAAUUAUAAUCAUGAUAGAGUUAAUGGACAGUCACAAAACUUCUGUGACAACUAGAGUAGUUUAAGAACUGACAUUUUAGUAGGUUAGUAUACAUCGGCAGUUAACCUGUUAAGGAAAUGCUCAAUGUCUUUUUACUCAUUUGCAUUAUUUCUUUCUUUUUUUUUAUUAUUGUUGUGAGGGUUGAGGUUCUCUUGGGUGACAUUUAACUGAAAUUGUAUAACCCAUUAAUUCUAAAGGAUAUUCAAUUCAAAUACAAUUGUACUAAUCACAGAAAUAAAAAUCUUUUUGGAUUUGGAAAUGCUGUAGACGAAACGGAUCGCUAACGGUGCUAAAUAAACAAACUGUUGUGUUUUUAAAUUAAUAUUGUGAUCAUAGCAUUUUAUUCACUAAUGUCUUGGUGAAUAUUUACUUGUUACAUUUACAAUAAAAUCAGCGAAACUGCAAUGUGACGAAUCAUCAUUAGCGAUUAUCUAUCAGCAAAUAACCAUUAUUUAUUAACUAUAGAAGCGUAUUACGUAGAAAGAAUUCUAAAAAUGAUCUGAAAUGCUUAUGUCUGGUGUCUUUAAACUUAUUUAAUGAUUCCGUAAUUUAGCCUGGAGUUUGCAUGUUCUCCCCGUGCUGCGGAGGUUUCCUCCGGGUACUCCGGUUUCCUCCCCCAGUCCAAAGACAUGCAUGGUAGGCUGAUUGGCAUGUCCAAAGUGUCCAAAGUGUCCGUAGUGUAUGAAUGGGUGUGUGAAUGUGUAUGUGAUUGUGCCCUGCGAUGGAUUUGCACCCUGUCCAGGGUCUACCCCGCCUUGUGCCCCAUGUUCGAUGCGAUAGGCUCCAGGUUACCCAGCAACCCUGAAAAGAAUAAGCGGUAUAGAAGAUGGAUGGAUGGAUCGAUGGUAAUUUAGCCUUUUGUACGGGAACAGCUUUAGUAAAUAUAACAGUGCUUUUAUUUAACUUGUAAACAUUUUUAGAUAUAUAAUUAUAGCUAUAACUAAAUCAAGCACAAGGUCUUAAGUAGAUAAGAUAAGAUAAGAUAAGAUAAGAUAAGACACCUUCAUUAUCAUUGUGUAAAAGGGGGAGAGGGUUCUGUAGCUUUCCUCAAGAAUCGGCAGCUGGGCCCUGAUGAUUUUCUGGGUGGUGUUGAGAACUCAUUGCAAGGUGUUUCUCUCUGUGUUGGGUGUACCAUGUGGAGAUGCAAUCAGUAAGUAUGCUCUCGAUACUGCUGUGGUAGAAGGUGACAAGUAGGUCCUCACUGAGAUUAAGUUUCUUGAUUGACUUCAGAAAGUAGAGCUGCUUCUUUGCUCCAUGACAGGUCCUCUGUCAAUGAUGAGCUCCUUGGUCUUGUUGGUGUUGAGAGCCAGGCUGUUUUCUGAGCACCAUAUAGUUAGGCACUGCAGCUCCUCCCUCUAAACUGGUUCACUGUUGUCAAAGAUCAGCCCUAUCACGGUCAUAUCGUCUGCAUGUUUUAUAAUUGUGUUUGUGUCGUGGGCAGGAAUGCAGUCGUGUGUGAAAAGAGAGUACAGUACUGGGCUUAACACACAGCCCUGAGGGUCACCAGUGUUGAAUGUUAGAAUGGAUGAUUGU